UGUAGCAAGGAGGUGGGAGAGGAAGAAAGGGGAGGGGCCGCACUCCCUCUGAGCGUGCCCAGCCUCGACUGCCUGACGGAUCACCUUCCGCUCCAGCACGGCCAGUUCCUCCUCGCCGUGACUCAUGCCUCUUGUGCCCGGCAGGGCGCACUCUACCCACAGCCCCACAGGUGGUAUAGGCUUGGUGAGACGCUUGCCGCCAGGCUAGGCAGUGGAGCGCCGCACAGCGCGCCUUCCCGCCUCUAAGCUGCCGCCCCAGCAGUUCCGACCCAGCGCCAGCAGGCCUGCUUGGUCGAUCUUCGAGCCGAAGAUGCGGCGGGGCUGGAAGAUGGCUCUGUCAGGGGGGCUGCGGUGCUGCCGCCGGGUACUUUCCUGGGUGCCAGUGCUCGUUAUCGUCCUCGUCGUGCUCUGGUCCUACUAUGCCUACGUCUUUGAACUCUGCCUGGUGACUGUUUUGAGCCCAGCAGAAAAAGUUAUCUACCUCAUAUUCUACCAUGCCAUCUUUGUGUUCUUUACCUGGACCUAUUGGAAGUCUAUUUUUACACUCCCACAACAGCCAAACCAAAAGUUCCACUUGUCCUAUACAGACAAGGAGCGCUAUGAAAACGAAGAGAGACCUGAGGUCCAGAAGCAGAUGCUCGUUGAUAUGGCCAAAAAGCUACCAGUUUACACAAGAACUGGAAGUGGAGCUGUAAGAUUCUGUGACCGGUGCCAUUUGAUCAAGCCAGAUCGCUGCCACCACUGCUCUGUCUGUGCCAUGUGUGUAUUAAAAAUGGACCAUCAUUGCCCUUGGGUUAACAACUGCAUUGGAUUUUCCAACUACAAAUUUUUCCUUCAGUUCUUAGCUUAUUCUGUUCUCUACUGCCUGUACAUUGCUACAACAGUCUUCAGCUAUUUCAUCAAAUACUGGAGAGGGGAAUUGCCCAGUGUUCGCUCUAAGUUCCAUGUCCUUUUUCUCCUCUUUGUGGCCUGCAUGUUUUUUGUCAGCCUUGUGAUUCUCUUUGGUUACCAUUGUUGGCUUGUCAGCAGAAACAAAACCACCUUAGAGGCCUUCUGUACUCCAGUGUUUACAAGUGGCCCAGAGAAAAACGGGUUCAACCUUGGCUUCAUCAAAAAUAUCCAGCAGGUGUUUGGAGAUAACAAGAAGUUCUGGUUAAUACCUGUUGGGUCGAGCCCUGGUGAUGGACACUCCUUCCCUAUGAGGUCUAUGAAUGAGUCACAGAACCCAUUGCUAGCAAAUGAAGAACCCUGGGAAGACAAUGAGGAUGACAACCGAGAUUAUCCAGAAGUUUCAUCAUCUCUUGCCGUGGAAACGGAAACGUAGCAGUUUUCACAUUUCCUGCAUAUCUCAGACAGAACCCUCCAGCUCCCAUGAAGCUUACAGAGUUCAAUGUUGGGAACCAUCUAAUCUUCAAAAUAAGUCACCAUGGCGGAUUGAAACCUUCACAGUUUGAAAACAUUCCAUCAAAUACUUGCUGUGCAGAUAGAUGUUUCAGGACUUCACAAGUUAUUUAAUUUACUGACUGAACUCAUCAAUCUGGUAGCAGUUAAUUCAAGCUAGUCUUCCUCUCUUUCUUUCUUUCUUUCCCCUCCCCUAAUCUGUGAAAGCCUAAAUGUAACAUAUAUAUCUUUCCAGAGGCUCUUUUCAUUCCUCUUGUCAGGUAAAGAGGAAUUCAAAAGACUUCCUCGAAGUCUCUAACUCCCUUGGAAAAACUAUUAAUCAUAUCUAUAGGGUCUUUGUGGUAUUGAGGGGAAUUAGACUAUAUUUUCUUCUUGUGUCCAUGUGCAUUUAUAAGCAUGCAUAUGUGCAGCAUAUUUACACAAAAUUCUGCUGUGGUGUUGUGCAAAUCAAGGUUAAAAAAAUCUGAGGUUUUUAUUCAAUCAUGCUUUCUCCCUAAAUAGCAAUUUAGAUAUUUGCUGAGCCAUAACACCAUCCCUAUAUUGGGUACCUAAAAUUUGAGAGGGAGAUUCAACACACUGUGAUCAAGGUCCUUGAAUUGGGAAUUGAACAAAACGUAAAACCUGUUCUCUGUCAUAGAGGUGUGGCGUUCCUGAAAGCACCACAGCUAAUAGAGAAGAUCAGAUCAGAUUUCCACUUUAUUAAAUAUAAUGAUUGUGUUUUAAAGACUUUUAAUGACAGACUGUGGUAAAAUUCUCCAAUUACUUUUAUUCUUAUCUCUGCUACCCAGCUUUAUUUUAGGCUUUAUGAAUUACUCUAUGAGGAAAGAAAAACUAUAAGCCUAACUUACAGACCAUAGAUUUUGUUAAGGGGUUUAAAGGUGAUUUUCAGGUUUAAUUAUAGUACUGUUCAUAAAGAUAGUUUCACAGUUGAAAUCAGCCUAAGGAUUAGCACAAAGGAUCUAUGUUUUCACAGCAGGGGUUAGUGCACAGAUAGUGAUAAUCUAAUAGUAAUAUGCCAAUUCUUUCUUUUUUUUUUUUUUUUAGCUUCAUGGUAGCUCAGCCAUUAAGAUAGUUUACAUCCAUUUCCCCAUUUAUUUAUAAUCAGCCUUUCUUUUAGUCCUAGUGCCUGAAUCAGUGAGUAUGGAUACUAAUGCUGCUUCUUUGUGAUAAUAAUACCCAAGAGUAUUGAUGGUUUUCAUUUCUCAGCCAGUGCCCAUCUGCUGACAAUAGAAGUCCCAACUCUUACAGAGAUCAGUGAGAGUUAGAGGCAUCUUACAGAUAUCAAGGAGUUGAGCUCCCAGAGGGUCUACUAAGUUAUCCCCCCUAAAACCUUUAUGAGCAAAAAAGAGUUGCCUGUCACAAACGGUUCAGUUUUUGGGCUCCAGUGAAGCUGAGAAAGUGAGCAAUCCAGUUCAUUAAAGCAACAACAACAAAAAAAAACCUGUUCAUUUGUAUUCUUUAGGAAAUUUUGGUCAAAGUAAAACUUUUAGCAUAAAUUAAGUGGAUUGUGGCCAGCAUUUCAUUUGAGAGCAUACUAGACAUGACUAAAUCAAUUAGGACCAGGGACUGUUUCUCAAACUCAGACUCUAAGAAGCAGCCUAGAAGCAUAUGCACACUGGGUUUCAUGAUGAAAUUGUAUAUGUUCAGAUGGGAAGACUUUUCUCCUUCCUCUCUCCCUCCAAAAUACACUCUUGUUUAGGUUUCUCUUGAAAGCUUAUUUGGCCAUCCAUAUAGUCUUAUGAUGCAUAAGCCUUGCCUUCUAUUCAUGUAGAAAUGCACCUUUCUCUAAAGGUAGGGCCAUUACUUACUCCAUAGCCAGUGAGCCUCAAAACAAUCUUUCCCUUUUCCAUCUAUCAUCUUCUGCCAAGGGUUUAGGCAGAGUAGCUGCUAACUAUGAUUCAAAAUCAGGAAGGAAUGAAGAACUUCUUGCAUGCACAGAGUGUAUCAGCAUACAGCACUCAUAGAAAUCAGGUCAUAAAAGACAGUGUAAGGAAACUACAGGAAAGCAGAGGAAGGGUAAAGCUCAGGAGAGCUAUAAUGCAAAGCUGAUUGUUUAAUGUCUUACAGACUUAACACUGUCUUCAAAAGGCCAAAUAAAUCAGGGUUUUAUGUGGGGGCUUGGAGAAAUAAACAAACCUUAUUCCUAUCAGCUCCUUGGUUCCACUAGUUUAUAGACUCUGAUAAUAUCCCUGUCCAUAUAUCAUUGAGUAUUGACUACUAUACAUAGGCAUCCCCCUGCUUGGUUGACUAUUGAUAAAGAAGGCAGAAAGGUUUGUCGGAUAAUUAGCAUACCCUGAUCUGGCUCCUUUGCUUGCUUUUCCUUGGGGCACUGUCCAAUAACCUCUGCAGGAUCUCAUUCCCCAAUCUUUGGUACCCAUUUUCCCCAUUUGAAAAACAAAGACACUCAUUGUUAGGAUCCUAAAGUUGAAAGGUGCUAUGUAACUCCCUAGUGCUCUUAUAUGUCUUUCAUUUCAGGACUGGAAUGAAAAGUUUAACCAUAACAGUAUUUCUAAGCAAACUAGUGUGCUCUGUUCUUUCUUCCAGGCUCUCAUUGCUGAUUUGUUCUUGCAGAGCUUAGAGUACUUUAUUAAUGUUUUUCCUUUCAUUCCAACUAGAAAGAGACAGAAUAGAAAUUAUUUUCCCCAUGAUACAGCUGAAAAAAUUAAGGGCGAAAGAAAUGAGGUGCCCUCCAAAAGCACAUAGCUAUCUGGGGCAGAAGUCACAGUUACCAUGUCCAGUGCACUGUUAGAGUGACUUGGCUUCCCAGUACUAGAAUUACCGUGGAGCAACUUAGAACAUUGAGAGCAAUUAGGGUAGGAUCACAUUUCAGAAGAGUCCCAUUUUGUCCAAAAUCUGAAAGUAUGCAAUUUAUAAAACUCUUGUUUUCUAUGUGAUAGAAAUGUAAUAUGUACCUCUUUCCCUCACUGGCCCCAUGUUACACAUAUUUCACACUAUGUGGCAUCAGCCAGUGUCAUUAUCUCCUCUGGCACCCAUAGAACCCAAUCUCAGGGCUGUCUUUGCCAGGGAAAAGAAUAUGCUUCCUCAUGUUUAUGCCAGAUUGCACAAAGUGUAGGCAUUGAGCUUAAUGGAGAUUUAAGCACAAUCCUAGCAGGUAUGUUUUAAGAAUAUUGAAUAUACAUCAUUGUAAUGUGCACCUGAAAUUUAACAUUGCUCAAAUUCACAGGAAUGUAACAGUCAUGAAAAGCCUAUCUUUUUCACCUCUCAUCACACAUACAUAUCUACAUACAGGUGUGCACACGCAUAUGCACACACACACACUGCCCCAAAGCAGGCUGCCUGGUCAUCAGGAGAAAAUACUUUAAAAGAAUGAUUCUCUGUCUUCUCCUUUUAGAAAAAAGUCCAAUAGUCACUGCAAGUGAAGAACAUUCCACUACACAUCCUAGAACCCUAGAACCCUUAGCUCCCAAUGUAGCUAAGGUACUCCAUUGGUGCAAAAGACAUGUUCUGUGCCUCUAUCAGAGGCACAGAAGGCAUCUAAAAAGAUUGUUAGACCCUUCCAUAAGUCCCGUGUUCUUAGUAAAUGCAUGAGCUCCAUCCAAUCAAUAGGAAAUGGUUUAUGAGGUAUGGUACAUCUGCAUUUCUUUAACCAUAGCUGUAACAUACCGUAUUAAAUUGUAGUCUUUUGCAUGCAGGUGUUAUGCAAUAUAAUAAUGAAUGGGUGGCUCCUGAUAGCCAUGCAACCCGUGACAGUUUACUUCCCCAGAAGAGCUAGGGCUGUGUCCCACAUAGUGCUCAAAACUAUUAAAUGUGUUCUUCAUAGCAACCUGGUAUAUGGCCAUCAGCAAAAUGAGUAAAAACAGACAAUGAAUGCAGUAUAUCAGGAAAUAGGUUUUUGGUAGAGAAUGGCAUUAAAGGAAAAAGAACAGUAAGAUAAGAUGCAUUCAAGGAAUAAUUGCUGUCACUCUGCUAGCUAAAUCAGCAAAGGGACACAGCACGAAAGCUGGUACUGGGUUUUGGUAAUAUGUGAAAUGUAUUGGAGGGCCAGAAAAAGAAAGGCACUGGGGACCUCAGCAGUUAAGCUCAAGUUGCCAAUUUGCUACAAAUCCUUUUUUCCACCAAUCUGCUCAAAGUGAUUGUAUAUAGUAUUCUUAAAACCAUAUGUCUUGCUACAGAAAUAUCCACAAAUACUGACCAGCUUUAUCUUCCUAUGUUCUUUAUUAAAAGUAUAUGCAUAAAAUUGUCA